CCAUGGUGAGAACAUUGACAGUGAAGAAUAUGAUGCUAAACAUAAGUCAGUUCAUAUGAUUUACACUAAUGUUCCGUCUAAGCUAGUCCUGUCCAAAGACAAAAAGAAAACUUUUUAUUUUCUCACGGCGUUAGGAACCGAGAAAAACCAAGUUAUUGAUGCAUAUAAAAAAGCAAUGGAAAUGGCCAAGAAAAAUGUCCUUAUGAAUGAACACACCAAAGCCUGGUUGGAAAUUUGGAAGAAAGGUUAUAUUGAUGUGAGAGGAGACCAUAAUUUGGCACAGAUAACAUAUGCAGCACAAUAUUACAUUCUCAGUUCUCUACCGUCAAAUGAUACCUCUGGCGAUACAGAUUUCGUUGGUCUCUCACCGACUGGUUUGGCACAUGGAUUAACUGAAGAUGACUAUGGUGGACAUAUAUUCUGGGACCAAGACAUAUGGAUGUUCCCUCCAGUACUCAUGUUCCGUACAGACUUGGCUAAAGUCCUUAUGAAGACCAGAACCCGUACUUUAGACGCUGCUCGAGCAAGGGCUGCCAUGAACGGUCGAAAAGGAGCAAUGUACCCAUGGGAAAGUGCGCAAACAGGUAUGGAAACGACCAACGCCCAUUGGGUGGCCCUUUACGAACAACACGUGACAGGGGACAUUGCUUUUGCUGCCCAACAAUAUCUGUACAUGUCAGACGACCUAGAUUUUUUCAAGAACGAAAGAGGAGCAGAAAUGCUUCAAAAUAUCGCAGAAUUUUGGAUACACAGGGCGGCGCUCGACAAGAAGCUCAUGAAAUACAUUAUAACAGGUGUUAUGGGCCCUGAUGAAUACCACUCUCCUGUCGAUAAUUCCAUCUACACCAACUACAUAGCUGCCAAGAGUCUGGAAAUGGCUGUCGACUGUCUUAAACGUCUGGGUAAAGAGUCUAUAAAGACAGAAGUCUAUGAAAUUGUGAAGGAUAACAUGUACUUACCAUUUGAUUCUAAACUGCAGUACCACCCAGAAUAUGAUGGAUAUAAGCAAGGUACUCAAGUGAAACAAGCGGAUGUCAUUCUUCUUGGUUUUCCACUGAUGAUGGAAAUGUCAAAAUCUGUAAGAUUCAACGAUCUGGUCAAAUACGAAGCGAUGUGGUCUGAAUAUAGUGAUGGAACUGGAGCAGUGAAUUUCCUUACUGGAAUGGGCGGUUUUCUGCAGAGUUUGACCUUUGGAUAUGGUGGUUUCAGAAUAUAUAAAGACCGUCUUGAAUUCCAUCCGCAGCUUCCAGAGGGAUCGACUAAUAUCACUCUACACAACAUGGACUAUCGUAACAGCAGUUUCACUGUAAGUUUCAAUGAAACGAUCAUGGCGAUAACGUUAACGAAGGAAGGAGAUAAGGAAUUAAUACUAAGCCUUAAAGAGUCUGGACUAGAUAUACCAUUACCGUUAGGAAAAACGCUGCAUACUUCUAUCGAGAGGUCAGCUCUUUUUGUAAAUGAAUCUUUUAGCCCUGGUUGUUCAUCUUCCAGUUCGUUGAAAUCAUCAAGUUUAACGUUAUUGCUCUUAAACUUUGUUUUUCCUUUUAAUGUUCGUAUUGUUUAAAAUACAUGAACGAAAGACUAAAAGAAAUACUAAAGAGUGAAACGGUAUGUAUUAAACAUUAUAGCUGGGUCAUUUUGAAUAAAAACCUUUUAAAUCUUUAAUGUUCACAAGAAACUCACAA